GGAGAUGAAACAGAUGAUCCAAAGAGCGCGGAUGCACCCUCUCACCGCAGCUGCUACGACUCGAAGUAUUGACUCCUUUCUUGCUCACUUCCAUGAGGACACCGAGGCACAAGCUGCGAACCUUUCAUCGCACCUCGAACACAUGUCGAAGAAGGUCAGGAGGCUUCACUCGCUUGUGAGAGUCACCACGUCUGAACAGAUGAGUGAAUCGCAGUAUGUGGCAGAGAACGUGGCAGAGUAUGUGAAGUCCAUGACUGAAGUCAUGAAGACGAAAGCCCAUCAGCUGGGCAUUUUUCAUCACUCAGCCGCAAGGAGCAAGGAGAGACAGCUUUGGCUGCGAAGCCAGGCAACCGACACCCGUUUGGAGGAUGUGUUGGCGGAAGUGCGAGGGAAAUCCAUCAUGCUUGCCAUGGAUAGUAUGGACAAGACUUGGUGGCAACUUCGGGCCAAGUUUGACUCAUACUUCGAUUCCACGGAAGACCACUUGGCAGCCUUCAAAACAGCUCUGGAGGCAUUAGACAGCUACACGGACAGGUGCUCCAUGUCCUUCACGGGCUUGAAGUCUGCCUACACAGUCGUUGCCAGGGCAAAUUUGAAGACUCGUGCCACUUUGAAGGAGGUGUGGACUGCCACGAACCCUUUGGUUGGCCUAUUGGUGUCUCAAGUUUUGGAUACGGAACUCUUGAAGGAGUUGGCCAGCAAUGAUGUCGCUCAGAUCAAUGCCACUGAGCUGUUGCAACAUAUGUUGCCGAGCACUUGGUGCAAAUCCGAAGUGCAAUUGGGAUCAAAUCAAUCAGGACUCGUGCGUGUGCAAGCGGCUGUGGCUUCAGCCUUGCAGAAGGGCCUUUUUGGGCAAAUGCUGCAGCAAAUUUGGGUCCUCUUUGAUGAGAUGGACAUGCUGGUGGAGAGAUUCCAAAGCGAAGGGAUGGGACAGCCACACAAUGAAGAGGUCUUGCAAGAUUCCAAGCAAAGGAUGGUCGGGCUUGUGGAGUCGUACGCGGGAGCCCAACAAGAGACAGCCUCGAAGCUGUGGCACAGUUGGAAGGAGCUUCACUGCGCAACGGCAGCUCCGCAGUGACCCGGCCUUUUCUCCAUCCUUGAGCAGGCUAUAGGAGAUGUAGCCAAGACCUUUUCCGGUUGGCGUACAUGCUAGACGAUCCAACCGCUUUUCUGGGUGGCUGCGUGUGGAAGUCCGACAUUUUCUCCAUGGUUGGAUGGGAAUGGAAGUCGUCCAGGUCCUACCAUUUCAAGCUUCCAUUGGUGCAAGUUCGGUUUCCUUUUUAUUCUCAAAUCUUGUAGCCAUCCCGGAUUCCCUGAUAUUGAUUCCAUUGCGUCUCGAACCUGGUGCUUCCCUUCAGUUUCUGGUUGGACAGGGAGGAAUGCAAUCCAAUUUCUUGUGGAAGAUUUUUGGGCACAGGC